GAGGGUGGGGAAUGGGAAAGAGGGUGAUCGAGCUUCCUUCGCGCAUCUCGUACGCGUAUCCCCGUACUGAAAAUGGCCGCCAGCUGUCAUUUGCCUGUGAAGUGUGGCUUGUUGUGAAGAGACACGACGCGAACUCGUCGUAAGACAAUUUUUCCGGGACGCGCAAUACGCCACGGGGACGCGAUGUACUUGCGUGACGACACGCUGACCGAGAUCGCACGGGUUUCUCGCGAGUGAAAGAGAGAGAAAAAAAGAGAGAGAGAGAGAGAGAGGGAGUGAGCGAAGGAGGAGAGGAAGGAAAGAAGAGGGAAAAAAAAACGAAGCGGGGGGAACGCGAGGUACAGAAGUGCGUGUGGUGCCUGGCGGUCGACUCCAACGGUGUUGCCUCCACGGUGCCAUGAGAGCACGGCCAGUUCUGCAACUGUUUACGGUUUUCCGUUUUUCACGUAAAGUGCGCGGCUGCUAGCCCGUCGUCGUUCGCGCGAUCGCGGUAACGCGGCCGAGUCGUUUGUACGCCGCCGCCACCGCCACCGCCGCAGCCGCCUCCACCACCGCCACCUCCUUCUCCACUUCGAUCCGUUCGCGAAUCGGUUUCUCGGCUGCCGCGAGACUCUCCCGAAUACUCUUCACCCUGUGUGGCUGCCGCCACAUACGAGGCAGCCUUUCCUAUCGGGAUUUUUCUCGAUUUACAUUUACACUUUAUCGUCGAGGAAAUAAUUAAGGAAAGCAGAAUGGGUUCCAGUCAACAGUUUUCGCUUAGAUGGAACAACUAUUUGAAACACAUCACCUGUGCUUUUGACACGUUAAGAACAGACGAGGAUCUCGUAGAUGUUACUUUAAGCUGCGAAGGCAAGAGAAUCAGAGCGCAUAAAAUGCUUCUCUCAGCAUGUAGUACAUACUUUAGAGAUUUAUUUAAGGAAAAUCCGUGCCAGCAUCCUGUCAUAAUAUUCCGUAAUGUAAAAUUUGAUGACUUGGCUGCCUUGGUCGAUUUUAUGUACCAAGGUGAAGUGAACGUGGUUCAAGAACAAUUGGCGAGUUUUCUUACAACGGCAGAGCUCUUGGCGGUACAGGGUCUUACAGAUGGCACAGGAAAAGAUGAUAGUUUAGUAGAGGAUGACAUAGAAAUUCCCAAUGAGCCCGAAGUUCAACUGCAAAACACUUCUGGUAAAUCUACGGGGGAUAACAAGAGAAAUAAAUCCCCGUCGUCUCCGAUGCCAUACCAUGCCAUCGAUCUGCAACCCGAAGUACCGCCGAACAAGAGGAGAAAAAUUCGAGAGAAUACAAACGCGGAGAAGAAUUCAGGAAUCAACGCGAAGGAUUCCGACGGAAAAACGUCAGAAAAUCAGACUGGAGGACCGGGCUCUGAUCCAGUCGAAAUAAUUCCUCUCAUGCCGAACCUGAAGCUGGAGAUGCCGGAAUACCUGGAGCAGGAUGGUAGCAGUUGUAGUUACGAGGAUCAGAGCAUAAGCGACAACACGCUAAAUAAAAUUGGCAUGGAUGACACGUCGUCGACGACGCCUGAUCACGAACAGAAGCCUGACAUCAGUCAAACAUUUUAUUCCAGUCAGUCGACAUCGGACGGUUUGGAUGGCAAACAUCAGUCAGAUGUUGGACACCUGCUAUCUAAACCAAGUACUUCGGGAGAAAGGGCAACGCAGGACGCAGUACAGGAAUCAGAGCACAAUUAUGGGAAGCAUCAACCACCACAACAACUACCACCACCUGUGCCGCCGCAGCAAAUGAGCCUCGUUCUCGACGGGGCGCAGAUCAGGCGCAGAUCUAAGCUGCACUACGUGGUGGAAAGCGGUCGUUGGGUGUGCGACGUCUGCGGCCGAACCUACAAUCGUGGCGAUUCCCUAGCUCAUCAUCGCAGUAUACACAGGGGCGACACGAUCUGCCCGAUCUGUCAGACCGUCUUCACGCGAAAAUACACCAUGCGCUGCCACAUGGUGAACGUGCACGGGGUCAAGUAAUAACCGUUUGACAGAUAUUGCGGGGACGAGGACACGAUAAAGAAACUCGAAGGACGAGGUCGCGGUCUUCGUACAGAUUUGAGGACUCUUUAACAUUCGUCUAAUUUUUAAUCGUCAUUUUUUAAUCAUUCGCGAAAAAUUGGGACGCCUGAAAAAGAUUUAGGCUGCGUCGCCUGUGCAAGGCGAUAGAUCGCGUUAGAUGUACUUAUAUCAUGCAUGAAUCUACAAUCGACGUCAGAAGACGUCGAGCAUACGGUUAUUUUAACUUUGACGAAGCAUAACUAGUCUUUCGCGGAUGAUGGCCGAUUACAUGAACGGUAGGGACGACUAAAAAUUAAAAAUUUUUGAAUAAUUGGAACGUACAAAAAGUUCUUGAAAUUGUCGGUAUUUGAAAUUUUGCAAAUUUUAGAAUUUUGAUCGUAAAAGUAUAUUUGAAAAUUAAAACAAAAUCCACCGUUGUGAACAGAAAUAAUUUUAUUACAUAUUUGUUUACAUAACAGUUUUGAAUUAUCUUAAUAAACUAAAUGUUGCUUAAAUUAAGUUUUUUGAGUUCUUUUAUAUAUAUAUAUUAUCUUAUAAAUAUAAAAAAUUAUUACAUAACGUAACAGCUAAUUUAUAGUUCAAAUUAAUAUUGCAUUGAGAUAUUAAACAUAUUUCAAUUACUAUACAUUAAAAUUUAUAUGUAAUUUUGUUUUUUAUACAUAUAUGUUACAUAUUUUAUAUAAUUUAUUUUUAUGUAUAUAUGCAUUAAUACAUGUAUUAAUGUAUAAAUAUUAUAUAUAUUAAUUUAUGUAUAUUUUGUACUGAAAAAACAAAUAUUCUGUGGCUACAUAGCAUCCAUCAAGUUACGCCUAGAUUAUUUCGUAUUAAUAGCGCAGCAAAGAAAAAUUAAAAUAUUAAUAUUAUUAUUUAAUUAAUAUUAUUACUUAAACGUAUCAGCAUUAUUUUCUCCUACGAAUCAAAUAUACGCAGACUUUUUUUUAUUGCGAUCGUGAUAUUUUUGUUUAAUUUUUUAUGCGGGUUUUUUAUAUCAAUAAACGCGUCCAUGUACAAUAAAAAUAUUCCAUAGAUAAUAAUUGUGACAAACGAUUGUUUGUGGAUAUUAUAUCAAUUGUAGUUUACACAAUAUUGUUUUGUACAUAAUUAAAUAAUUGCUUUAUAUCCGAAGAAAUUAAAAAAAAAAUUAAUUAUUUUUACUAUCGCACAAGAUUACAAUUUUAUUUUUUUUAUAGAUACAAGAAUUUUUUCAUAUUUUCUUGUUCUUUUAAUAACCGAUAUUCAAUGUAGAUCGGUUACUUUUUGCAGAAUUGUGUUCACCUUCUUCCAUGAGAAGAGAUAUGCAUAUGUGUACAUAUGUGCAUGUAUAAUAAAUAUAAAAUAAGACAAAAUCUCUUUCUACGGCGAACAAAGUUUAUGUUACAAUGUAUGAUAAUCGUGUAUCACAUGAACUUUAUGUAACUAGACUGAGUAUUAAGUGUUAUCGAACGUUCUCGAUUAACUGCACAAAAGGGGGUUACCGUGUUACUACACCACUACUUGGCGAAAUCAGAGUAUCGCGAAUAUUCGUACGUACGUCAGCAGCAAUCCUGUCCGAAGCUUUGUUAAUCUGUCAAAUGUGCAUAAUUUAUCUAGGACGACAGCUUCCACUAAGCGACACGAAAUCCAUCCGUCGUCCUUUUUUAAACGUAAUCGUAUACACUUACGAGACGAUUAUAUUACCAUUGACAUUACAUACACACACAUAUAUAUACAUGUACAUACAUAUACAUAUAUAUAUGUGUGUGUGUGUGUAUGUAUAUAAAGUUGUUAUUUAUAUGAACGUCUCGGUGCAACACUUGCAGUUAGAUAAUUGUCGAUCGCAGUCAGGUCGAUCGAUAUCAUCAUUGUGUAUCUAAUUAAUGUGUCUAGCUUAUUAAUAAGAAAUUGCGAAGUAUCAAUACAGAAUAAAUUCUCGAUGUACAGAAUUAAAUUGCGAUUAUUAUUAUUCGACAAUCGAUAAAGUUAUGUGACACACUCUUCUCAAAUUUUACGCAACUGUAACCAAUGACGUGUAAAGUUACACAGCGCGUUAAGAGAGUAAUCUAGUUUAGAGCACGGAAAAAUUGAUAUAUUUGGGGAAAUUUUUUUUAAAGAAAACUAGUAUACAUCUAUCUACACUUUUACAUUACUUAUACAUACUUAAUAAAUUAAAUUAAGAUAUUUAAUUUUAACAAAUUAAAUUUUGUUUUUGGUAGCUAAAUAUUUAUUUAGUUUUUGCAUUACAUAAAUUUACAAACAUUUUUUAAGUUUUUUUAAGGCACGAUUUCUCAGAAUUACUGAAACUAUUGACUUCAAUUUUGCAUUCUGUAAAAUACACGUUUGUUUAUUAUCUGGAUUAGAAUUAUUGCGAUAUUUAAAAAUUAACUUGUUUAUCCAUAUUAUAUAUUUAAUUAAUUUUGUAAAAAAAAUCUUGUUUUAAAUUCGCGCAUUUUAAUAAUUUUUAAAAAUUUUUAGAUAUUUUCUAAAUGUAUUUGAGAUGUGUAAAUGUGUAGAAGAAGAAGAAGAAGAUGAAUAUAUAGUUUUCUUUUAAAAAAUUUCCAAGAAUAAAUUUUUUAUCAUUUUUUUACACUUUAAACUAUUUCUUCUAAAAUAUCACUUAACUUAAAUCAUGAAGAUCCGCUCAUGGCAUCGUUUUUCAUUAUUCCUUCAUUCAUCAUUCUUUCAUUAUUAUUUUUGUCAUUUUAUUAUUAAUUUUUCUUUACUUUCUUUAUUUCAUUGUUUUAUAUUAUAACAUAGUUUGUAGAGAUAGAAUAUUUUGAUUUUAAUAAAAACUGACGCCAGAUAAAUACCUCUCAUAAGUAAGUUUAUUUCUAUAUAAAGAAAUUUCAGAAACAGAUAGGUAAUAUCUAAAGCGGGAUUAUUCAAGUUUGUCUCUCAAAAGGAAUAAUGAUAUACAGCUUCUUUAAAAUAGGGUUUCACUUAUAAUUUGCGAUAAUGUGAUAAUUUUCGCUGUAAAUGAUAUGACGUACUAUGUGUGACGAAUAGAAUAUACAGAAGAGAAUGCCGAGUUAUACUUUUUUUUGUAUUUUGCAAUUUGAAAAAUAAAGUCGAAAUUAUAUCGAAAUCAUACGUGCGUUUUUCGACCCGUGAAAUUAUUUUUCUCGCAUUGAACGAUCAACGAUAUUUCGAGUUCUUUCCAAGUAACACAAUCUGGCUAUAUUUGCUGUGACAGCCAAAAUAUGGCUAAAAUAACGUCAUGUCAAUCUUAAUCACAGCAGUAAAUGUUAUUUUGCUGAAUUUUUAACUGCGAAAACGCUGUGAUAGUUAGUAAAAAGGUAAAAAUGCAUUCACAUCUCUGUUUUAAACUGUAUUAAUAGCUGUAAAGUUGCUGUGAUAGCUAUUAGAAAAACCAAAAAAGUUGCAGCCAUUUUAAUGGAGCUGCAUUAAUCAGUAGUCAAUGAAGUCAUAAAAGUAAUAAAAUUUAGCCUCAGCUAUUUUAGCACGUAUAUCAUAAGUCGUUACCACGCAUGAAUGAAAAUUAGGGUUGAUAACAUUUUUUUAAAGAAUAAAACAUUAGAUUUUUUAUUAAAACAUGUGCUAAAAAUGCUACAGUUUUAGUUAUGAUAUGUUAUUCAUAUAUAUUCAUAUAUAUGCAUCAUUUAUCGCAGACAUUUUAAAGCUUCAUGUGCUACUUGGAAUAAUUACGGAUUUUUUACUAUUAUGAGUCAUGACGAUUUAUUAAAUAAAGGUUUUCAAUAAAAGGAUUUUACAAUUAAGUAGAAACGCUUGAUCAGAAUUUGAUCUUUUUAUUUAAUGUUUUUAUGUAAGAAUUUAUAUACAUUUUUUUACUACAGUAAAUUAUGCGUCGAAAAAUAUUUUUAUUUUUAUUUUUUGUCAAUUUUUUGUCUUGAAACACAAUCUUUGGUACACUGAAAAGUUGGAAUAAUGAUAUAUAAUAUCAACAUAAAUUAAAAUGAAAAUCAAUUUUAUAAUACUAAUCUUAAUAAGUAUUUUUGAAACACUACAAAGAAUUUGAAUAGAUUUUAUUUUAAAAUUGAGUUAACCGAAUCUUAGCAUGAUUCGAUAAAAGUGGAAUUCGUUAUGACGAAAAUUUUGCUGCAUUUCCAGCAAUGUCUUUCAUAGAACAUACUAAAGAUAUACUUUUACAAGUGAUUUCUUCCUGUGUUAGAAAUUUGUUAAACAUGAAUGAAUCUUUAGAGACACGCGAGUAUCAUAUAAAUCACAAAUUGUCGACUCCUUGCGCAUGAUACAUCGCUCCACGUGUGUUGAAGUAUACACGAACCACGGUUCGAUUUAAUAGCGAUUUAAAGGAAUACAUGAUUGUCGGUUCACUACACAUAAAAUGCGAUUGGCAGUAUAUUCCGUGUCUGACGAACCUUGAGCCUGAUACUCGACUUUCAAUCACGACUCACGAACUUGGUCCCGUCCUCGAACCAUGUUGUGCAUGAAUAUUGAACAUUUUAUACGUGUGUUCGUUUCUUGUUUCCGUUUUCUUUUCGCUGUUGAUCACAAUAUGUCGUUGUAUAUUCAUAGUUCACACAGUAGCAUGAUCGCUCCGAGAGUAUAUUAAAAUUACUGCCGUUUUGUGUGUCGCCAUUCUCGUGAUUAUUGUCCCUCUCUCUUUUUCUUUCUCUCCCCCUCUCUCUUUUUCUUCCUUCUGUUUGUAAGUUUCGUGUGCGUUGCCUCUUUCUGUUUUUUUUUUUGUUAUUGCUACUGCUGUUCUCAGAUCGGUGUGAACGAAUGGAAAAGUAGAGAAGCGAGAGUGAGACGAGAUUUUUCAGAGUGUACGAGUAGCUUGCUACUGAUAUGUGAUUUUUCUCGAUGUUCCUUCUAUUCUCUUCUUAACGUCGGAGGCACCUUUGUACUCGCAGCGUCGCGUGCCGCGUGAUCCACGACGAGGCAUUUGUCCUAAUUCUUUGAUUAUAUGCAGGAAAUGAUAGAAUUUUAAUCAAGGUAUUUAAAG